GAUGAUAUUUAAUUUUAUUUUGUGCGAGUUAUCAUUAAUUUGUUAUAUUUUGAAAUUUUGAUUGAAUUAUAAUAUUUCCCCCUUAAAUUUGGAUAUGCAGUUUCAGUAUCUACAAGGAAUUGCUAGAAAUGGGAUUGACUGGCUUGAGGCCAGAUUCUGCAAACAAGGAAUCUUCCAAACAUUGUGAUCGCAAAUUUCAAAGGAAACUGCAGUUCUAUACUAAGGUUAGAGAUACCGUUGCUACCUUAAGUGCAAAGAAAGCCAUUAGCAAGAAGAAAAGAUUGAGAACCCGGCAGAAGAAGUUGAAAGCAUAUGAUCUUUCAUCCUUUUCAGAGUUCCUUCCCGAGUUGAAGGCAGGGAGGCAACACCCUCCGGCUAUCAACUUGAAGCUGAAUGCGAAAUCUAGGCAGAAGCUGGUGGAGAAGGAAGGAAACCAGUUGUUGAAAGUCCUUAAUAAUCCUGCUUUCCAGUCAGAUCCAUUGUCUGCCAUUCAUCUACAUCUACAAAAUACACAACCUGUUCAAGUCAGUAAGCCGGUGAAAAGCCCAGGCAGAACUGGAAGAAGAAAGAAGAAGAAACAGUCAAAGGCUACUUCUGGAGCUCAGUCUAUGGAUAUCUAAGAUAAGAACUUAUGUGGGGGAAA